CAUCAAUCACCAUCCCCAGAGAACAUUGCACUUUAGUGCCAGCUUACUCUACCAUGUAAAUGCUUCAACUCACAUACCCAUGCUUUCCCAUCUAAAAAACAUAUUCACCCGCUCCACCGGUCCUCCUUCCAUUCUCCUUCUUAUUGGCAACUUCGGAGCCAUGAUCCACGUUCUUCAUCUCCUACCCGAGGACGGCACCAUUCAACGCUUCGGCCUCACCACCCGAUCUACCCCCUUCCGCUACCGCGGGUCCAGAGAGCAGACACGCGAACAGAUCGGCACAGUCACACUCCAUGUUGGAGAUGGCGAAACUCCCAACAGCUUCCUCGACGACGUUGAGACACGGUUCCGUAAGCUGCGGGAUAAAGAGCUGCAGAGAAGCAGUAUCGAGGUGACUCAGCUAGUGCAAGACGUCCUCAAGCCCGCGGCACUCGAAGCGAUUCAUGGAAGAAAGGAUCGAGAGUGCUCUAUGCACGCAACGCAGACGUAUCCUGUUUAUGUUGUUUACAUUCUACGCCCGAGGUCAGGGAGGAGCAUGACUGAGUUGACGAGCUUUCCUUGA